AUGCCCGAACUUAACGGGGUGCCCGACAGCACAACACCUGAUGAAUAUGUAUGGGACACUGAAGUCAUGAUGGCAGAAAUAGCCGCAUUGCGCAUACGGGCGGAGGCCGCCGAUGCCGUGUUUGCAACCAGACGCAUACAAGAAAGCGCAGCCGGUGCAGCCGCGCAAGCCGCGGCUAUUGCGGAUGCGACUUUGAUAGUGAGGAGUCGGAGGGGGAUGGUGGCGGCCGACACGCAGACUGUGCAACGCCUGCCUGAGAUUGAGGAUCCAGAAUUGACGGUCUGUGCCGUGUGUCUUGACGACGAAAAUAUGGACACCACACGGCUACGCCUCCCGUGUGGCCAUCUGUUUCACCCGGGGUGUGUGAAACAGUGGUUCACAGUCUCGAACUCGUGUCCGUUGUGCAAGACGUGCUUGCCGGCGGCGGCGGUGCUGCCGACGCCGGUAGUGGAUGAAAAUAACUUACAGAUUGACCUCAUUCCGACCGGGAUUGAUAACUGGUACUUGCUUUGA